GGCACACUUGAACCGAGCUGCUCUAUGAAGGUAGGCUGCAGCGUGUGUUUAUUGAUGAGAUGAAAAGAAGAUGGAAGUGAGAAAUGAAACAAAGUAAAGGAACAUAUUAAAAAAAAAACUAUACGCGCUUCAUCGGGGGAAAACGGGGAGCUGUGGAAACGCUGUCGCCACUUUUUGAAAGAGCUUCGAAGUGCAGAGCAACACAUGAUUUGGACAGAGAGGACUGACAGCCUUGCCUAGCGCCCGGCCUCUGAUCAGCCAUCUCCACCAGCAAACUGAAGCUCGACCCGCACUUCAUCACCAGCCACACAAGCAUCUUCGGAACAAACGUCAUCUAACUGUGACAUCAGUUGCAAGGGGAUGACCGAGCGCAUUCAUAACAUCAAUCUCCACAACUUCAGCAAUUCUGUACUUGAGACCCUCAAUGAGCAGCGCAACCGUGGGCACUUCUGUGACGUGACUGUUCGGAUCCAUGGAAGUAUGCUGCGAGCUCACCGGUGCGUGCUGGCUGCUGGAAGCCCCUUCUUUCAGGACAAGCUGCUCUUGGGCUACAGCGACAUUGAGAUCCCUUCUGUGGUCUCAGUGCAGUCCAUCCAAAAGCUGAUUGACUUUAUGUACAGUGGGAUUCUGCGGGUAUCUCAGUCAGAGGCCCUGCAGAUCCUUACUGCUGCCAGCAUCCUACAGAUCAAGACCGUCAUAGAUGAGUGUACCCGCAUCGUGUCCCAGAAUGUGGGCCUGGCUGGGCCGGGGGGGUUCUCUGUUAUACCAGGAGACUCUGGUCAGGAUACACCCCGUGGCACGCCAGAGUCUGGCACCUCUGGGCCUAGCAGCGACGCAGAGUCAGGUUAUAUGCAAGCAACAUCACAAAGCAUGGACCGUGCAUACACAUCACUGUACUCCUACCCUGGCCUCACUCUGGCGAACGGCAACCGCGAACGCCCCCUGUACAUUAACCCUAUGUCGACAAAUUACGAUCCAACUCUCAGCACUCAGAAAGACCAGCAAUCUCAAGAUCCGCCCUGGAUGAACCGCAUCCAGGAGAGAUCUCAGCAGGUCGACCGCUUCAUCUCCACAGCAGAGUCCACCCACUGCCGCAAGCAGCCCCGACCGGUACGCAUACAAACAGGAGGGGUGCACAUAAAGCAGGAGGCCGACAAUGAUGAGUACAGGUGCUACGAUACUUUGGUGGACUGCCAAGACAACACUGACCAUACUGAGGGUGUGGAGAGUGAAUCCAAGGUUGAAAGUUUUGACUCAGGGGUGAGCUCCUCCAUCAGUACUGAGCCAGAUGCUAUGGAGCAGAAUCCAUACCUGACGAGCUUUAGUCGAGAUGGCGGGGACGGCCAGCAUGGUGAAGGAGGUCAAGUGCAUAUAGAGGUCAAUGACUCGUCCCCUGAGCAAAUGCAAGACACAGAGGACGGGGACACAUCCCACAGCACUAGUGACAGUAGCAUGAUGCAGUCCCUGCCAAACUCAGUCAUGUCCCAGUCCCUGCCAAGUGCCCCGCACUACUUGCGCCAGGUAGAAUCACACACCAGCAAUCUGAGGAUGCCGAUCACCGUGACCAGCAAUUCCCAAGUGAUGGGCACUGCUGGAAACACCUUCUUGCCCACACUCUUUUCUACACAGCCGGCUAGAGAGAACAAGCCUUUCCUCUACCUUCCCGGCCAGCAGCAACCCCAGUUUGUGUCCGUGCCGCCCCCUGCAAUGCCAUCAUUCCCAAACCCCAUGUCGGUACAGCAAGGGUCAAAUCAGCAGCAACAGGUUAUAGGAGGAAUUGGUCCCGGGGAAAAAAAGCCCUAUGAAUGCGCUCUCUGCAGUAAAACCUUUACUGCUAAACAGAACUACGUCAAACACAUGUUUGUCCAUACUGGUGAGAAGCCUCAUCAGUGCAGCAUCUGCUGGCGCUCGUUCUCCCUGAAGGAUUACUUAAUCAAACACAUGGUGACACACACAGGGGUGCGGGCCUACCAGUGCAGCAUCUGCAACAAGCGUUUCACCCAGAAGAGCUCUCUCAACGUCCACAUGCGGCUGCACCGUGGAGAGAAGUCCUAUGAGUGCUACAUCUGCAAGAAGAAGUUCUCACACAAGACCCUGCUGGAGAGGCACAUGGCCCUGCACAACACAGGCAGCGUCAUCACAGGGCUGUCGGGGAGCGCAGGUACCCCGGGCCCAGUCUCCAUUCCGAUGCCUAUGGCUGUCCCUGAGCCUGGAGCUGGAGUGGUGGCCCUCGCCUUGCCAGUGAGCGGAUGUGCUGGAGUAGGGGCUGGGGUUGGAACAGGAGUGGGUGUAGCUACAGAAGCGAGCUGCCAAGAAGGGACCACCUACGUGUGCUCCGUCUGCCCUGCCAAGUUCGACCAAAUGGAGCACUUCAAUGACCACAUGCGAAUGCAUGUCUCCGAUGGAUAAGUACUAAUAGAUAAACUUCUUUCAAAAAGAAUGACAAAUAAAAUGGCACUAGA